UGAGGCACCUGCUGGUAUAUCGCGCGGUGCUGGAGUCGGUUUUCUGCUCUCAGGGGGACUGCACCUGUAGGAGGAGCCGGGCAUCAGUAACGGGUUAAGUGUUGCUCGAGCCAGUCAGUAACCUCUGAAAAAGCCAGCCGACAACAACCACAGAAAAUGCUGGUCCUAAACAAAUUGAGACUGUCUCUGACGUGCACCGUGGGUCUGGUGUGCGUCAUCCACCUGUGCAGGGCAUUGCCUCUCGUCGACUCAGGGCUCUUUGUAAUUUUGGGAGUAAGCACGUGUCGCGACGGCGCCGGCUAUUGCCUUUUGGGGUCGGACUGCACGUUGGACCACGACUUCUCCCCUGACGACACCGGUGGCCACUGCAACGGUCUGCGCACCGCUUUUACCCCGGCAGCAAACUUUGUGUGCUGCAAAUACAAUGGUGCUGACGUUAAAAUGCCAAGCACCACCACCGAGGCGCCGCUCAAGCCAAGCACAGAGGCGGUGACACAGCCGGCGCCGUUAAAAAUCACAACCCUUGAAUCUAAGCCAUCCAAAAGACCAGCAAUUUCAGAUGGAGCAACAAGGCCUCAGGGACCCGUGUCAAACUCCAGCAAUCCCGGAGGUGCAAUUUUCUGGGUGGACCUGACCGCGAAUGGCAACAAGACUGGCUCCCCGGACCAAGUCAAGUAUGAGCCGGUGAAAAACACGGUGAACGACGCAAACACGCGUCCCGGCAGCAUCCUCACCGUGUCUGGUGCGGCUCCUGCCGUCGUGCAAAACGUGCCCGUGUCUAACUUGCCCAGCAUCGAGAACUGGAUCAAACCUGGCACCAUGAUGAACAUCCCCUCCAUUGUUGCAGCAAAGCCUGGAAGUACGGUCACCAUUGGCGGCAACAAUGAAUUGCUGGACGAAAUCGUUCACGCUGUCGGCUCGGAGGUGUCUCAGGGUGUGAGCAUCGUCACGCAGGACAUUUCGCAACAAAUCGUCAGUCCAUCGCUGCAGCUGGACACGCAGGACGAGUCGGAGGACGAGGCGGAAAAGCCGGCGGUGCCCGUCGGCAGCAUCGAGAGCCAUGAGCCCAAACCGACAAUCGAGGUGCUGCGACCGCAGGCGAGUGUGGUCACCACCUCGACCUCGACCUCCACCACUACCACCACCACCAAACCUCUGGUGACCAAGAAGCCAGCCGCCCAGGUAACGAGCACGACGAAGAAGCCCGCCGACGAGGAGGAGGACGAGGGUGCCGAAGAGGAGGAAGACGAUGAUGAUGAGGCCACCAGCGAGGAAGAGGAGGACAGCGAGGAAGAGGAGGACGAUGGCCUCUUCGGCUUCUCCGACCUGGUUGAACUCUUUGGACUUGGCGGUACCUCGCAAAAAGCAGGAGCAGCGAAGGUUGAGGGGAACAGAAAUGAAACAGCGUAUGAUGCGCAAAGUAAACUCGGCGAGGAUAACGUUCUCCAGGAGAGGAUUGACCAAAUCGAACCAAAUCAGUUGGGAGUGGAGAACGGAUCAAUUAACUCCAACUUGUUCGGUGGAUUUCUUUCCUCAGCUCAAGACUCAACAGUGAACUUGAGCAACUUUGAGACCUCAACCCUGCCUAUUGAUCAGGGCCUGUUCAGCUCGCCAUCUUCGGAGGCAGCUCCAGCGGUGAAGGAGGAAGAGCCACCCCUGUGCUUUGGCCCGGUGAGGCAGCCCAUUAACCCUGCCUGCUGGGUAGUCACCUUCCAGACCGACAAGAACGGCGUGCCCACCACGCUCUGCUCAGGCGCCAGAAUCACCAAGGACCUGGUGGUCACCUCAGCCAGCUGUGCCAUUAGGAUUUCCAGCAUGUCUACCUCACCCCUGGCGUCCAUUAAAGCCGUUCUGCCGGCAAGUGGCGAGAAUGGAUCGGAAAUCUCGAUAAGCGACGUUGUGGUGCACGAAAAUUAUCAUGCUGCUCCUCGACUGGCUCUGAAUGAUUUUGGAUUGGUGAAGCUGAACACGUCUUAUUCUGACAUCAAAGAAUUGGACAUGGGCCACUGCACACUUUGUCUUUCUCAAGACUCCGAGUCAGAUUUCAGCCAUUUGAAAUGUCAAACGCCUCAAUUUUUUGGCGACAACGAAUCAGACUCGCCGCUGACGAUUCGGUUGACCGAACUGUCCACGCUCAGCAGAAGCAUGUGCGAUAACCUGGUGAAAACUGGGGCAGCAGAGGGCGAUGACCUGCCCACCAUGCUGUGCUCUGCACCUGCCAAGUCUCAAAUCGAGCACCUGCAUCACGUAGAUGGUAUUCCCCUCGUGUGCAGCGGAACCAGGGGGAUUCCAUUUUUGGCCGGCGUGACGAUGAAAUCUUCGAUCGCCGACUGGACCAUUUACUCACCGGUCGGUCAGUACGUGGAUUGGAUACGGGCCAAUGAACUUCCGCAAAUCAUCAAAACCGUCACAACGAAACAGUUGUCAACGUAAAAACGCGCGUGCAUUAUUGCCAUUUUGGUUCUGUUCAACUCCGGAAUGAGUUUUUGGUGACUGAGAAAUAAUAAUUUAUGCUUCGUGUAUAUGCGCAUAAUAUGAUCAGGAAGUUUUCAACAAAUUAAUUGUUUAGGUUUAAGUUCUUAAUUGUAAGUUUAUCUAUUUAAGUUAUUUAUUGAAGCAAAUACAAAUAAAUGUGGUUGUGUAAAAAUCAAAA